UCAGAUAGCUCUAUGGACACCUCCGGGUCAUCAGCAUCGGAGUCUUCGAGCUCAUCGGGCUCAUCAGAGCAGGCCGAUGACUAUCAGCCGCUUUCGCAGCUCUACCUUCGUGAGCUUGCAGCAAUCCAGGCCUCACGGUACAUGAACGAACGCGAGGCUAUCAUUAAAACACCCGAGAACAUACAGCUUCUUCUUCACCAAUACAAGGUUGAUUUUCCCGAUAUAUUCCGCAGCUUCACGGGCAUAUCUCCAGCCUGCUUCGACAAUAUCCUAUGCUGCAUCGGCACAGAUCCUGCAUUCCAUAACAACUCCAACAAUCCUCAGAUGCCUGUGGAUCAGCAAUUGGCCAUAGCAUUGUACCGGUUUCGUCACUUUGGCAAUGCAGUGAGCGUGCUGAAGGUAGCUCUGUGGGCUGGUGUCUCUGUGGGAACCGUGAUUGGGGUCACCAAGCAUGUCAUGGCUGCAGUUUGCGGAGACUCAGGUCUUCGCCAUGGUGCUAUUGCUUUCCCAGAUGCAGAAGCAAAGGAGAAGGCAAAAUCCUGGGUCGAGACCAUGUCAUGUUCAGGAUGGCGCGAUGGCUGGCUUAUGGUCGAUGGGACUCUUAUUCCCUUGUAUGAGCGGCCGGCAUUCUUUGGGAAUACGUGGUAUGACAGGAAAAGCAACUAUUCUAUGAACCUGCAGCUGGUGUCUACACCUGAUCUCCAGAUCAUCGACUACAGUGUAGGGCUUCCUGGCAGUCAGCAUGACUCCACUGCAUGGGCAGAGACAAGAAUCUAUAAGGAGCACGAGAAACUCCUGAACAGUGAUGAAUGGGUCUGGGGUGAUUCUGCAUAUCCCUUAGAAACAUGGUGCCAGGCACCAUACAAGAAG